AUGAUGAUGGGAUUACUAGCGUUUGAGAGCCACCAGGGGCUCUGGAGCAGCGGAUACUAUUCACAGCUGUUUGGAAUUGGAGGAGUUCUGAUCACUCUUACCAUUCUUAUGUUAUCCACGGUCUACUUUGGGGGAAUUGGUGCUCCAUUUGCUCCGUAUUUCUGGCCGUAUCUAGGACAAGUUCCAAAGAAGAGGGAACACAAAAGGCCUGUGAGAGUGUACAUGGAUGGAUGCUUUGAUCUCAUGCACUACGGCCAUGCAAAUGCAUUGCGGCAGGCUAAGUUGCUGGGAAAUCAGCUUGUAGUUGGAGUUGUCAGUGAUGAGGAGAUUGUGGCAAAUAAAGGUCCACCUGUCCUUUCCAUGGAAGAGAGGUUGACUCUUGUUAGUGGUCUGAAGUGGGUUGAUGAGGUCAUUCCCAAUGCACCCUAUGAGAUAACAGAAGAAUUCAUGAAUACCCUCUUCAACAAGUACAACAUUGAUUACAUUAUUCAUGGAGAUGAUCCUUGUCUUUUACCUGAUGGCACUGAUGCAUAUGCGUUAGCAAAGAAGGUCGGGCGUUACAAGCAAAUCAAGCGAACAGAAGGUGUCUCGAGCACUGAUAUAGUUGGGAGGAUACUGCUAACAUUCAAGCAGAAAGAUGCUGACACUGAUUUAAAUGUUGCCGUUGCUGAGAAGGCUGGAGAGAAAUCAAACGAAGAAGUGAAGAGUCAGCUAUCUCAUUUUCUUCCAACUUCUCGCCGGAUCAUGCAGUUUUCAAAUGGGCAGGUUCCUUCGCCAGGUGCUCGUGUUGUCUAUGUAGAUGGCGCAUUUGAUCUUUUCCAUGCUGGCCAUGUUGAGUUCCUCAGGAGUGCUAGACAACUUGGUGACUUUCUUCUUGUGGGUAUCUAUGACGACCAGUCUAUCAGGGAUAGAAGAGGCUGCCGUCCUAUAAUGCAUCUCCAUGAGCGUACUCUUAGUGUUCUUGCCUGCCGCUAUGUUGAUGAAGUCAUUAUUGGUGCGCCAUGGGAAGUUUCUAAGGACAUGAUCACUACGUUUAACAUUUCAUUGAUUGUCCAUGGGACUGUAGCCGAGGGCAAUUCAGCUGGUGAAAUUGAUCCUUAUGCUGUUCCAAAGAGCAUGGGCAUUUUUCAGACAAUCAGGAGCCCGAAAUCUAUAACAACAUUGUCAGUGGCCACAAGAAUAGUUGACAAUCAUGAAGCUUACAAGAAGAGGAACUUGAAAAAGAAGGCUAGCGAAGACCGGUACUACACAGAAAAGAAAUUUGUUUCCGGAGACUAG